AUGAAUUCCGAACAAUCAAGGCAAUUUCCACCAUCAUCAUCGCCAACAACAGCAACAAUAAAUUAUCAACAACAACCACAAACACCCUAUCAACAUCAACAACAAAAUGUCAUUCAACCAAAAGGAAAGGAACCUUUUGUAUUUGCAAAGGAUCCAAACUCUAUCAAAGUGGAAGGAUCAUCAACGAUUGAAAAAGUCGCCAAGGUUGGCAGGCUGAUGUAUCAAUGGCAAACCGAGAAUAUGUAUGAAUUACAACCCGAAGAUAAUGUUGCAAGGAUGAAAUUAGCCAAUCAAAAUUCCAAUACAAUUAUGAAGGCUUUUGUUGUGUCGGGUCUUGUUUCAUGGGUAGCCACUGUUGGACACAAGAAAGACGUUUUUUACUAUCCUUUACGAGCAUAUAUCAUUAAACAAAUUUGUAGAGUGAGACCCUAUCGCUCAUUGAAUCCAUUCACAUCGCUCGCUAUUCAGGCUGGUAUUUUUGCGUAUGCUUUGGGAUACAUCGGAAAUGAGAGAAUUGCUGCUUAUACGUAUACAUUUUCUCAAGUUUGUACUCCAUAUGGAUACAUGAUGAGAAAGUUGAUGUCCCAAAUUGAUGACCCAAAGCACAAGUACAAGCCAGCUAUUUUGACUGCACAACAGGAAUAUGAUGCUGAAUUUGAGAGAAAGAUGAAUGAACUUUUACACAAAAAACCUUCCGAUAUUAAUCAUCACGAAGAGGAGAUGCACGAGUCAUCUACCACUAGAUCUGUAAUUCCGCCUAGAUACCAAAGAAAGACACGAAUUAAUAGAGGUUUUUCACACGAGGAGAAGGUCAAAUCGAGCCCUCACGAUCUUGACAAUCACUAUUCUGAUGAACCUGCACAGGAACAAAAACACUACGAAGAUGAACAUUAA